UGGGACAUCCGGUUUACUCUCUAUGUGGUUAUGAAAAGACUAAAUAUUUAUUUUACACCUUCACCAAACCCACCACCCACAUGAAUCCGUCCGUAUAAAAGAAAAAAAAGGUUUCACUCAUUCCCAUCUCCAGUUCCAAAUUGCUACAUGGAGGAGAUACAAAUCAUGACACCCUCACCGGCGGCCACCCCCUACACCACCGCACCUUCUUCCCCUCACCGCUUCCCCAGCUUCUUCUACAGCGCACCCACCAGCCCCAUCCACGCACUCGUCGGCUUCCAACAACACGACGACACUGAUUUCGCAUUCAAUUUCACCGGAAACCCACAACCCCCCUCCAUCUCCGCCGCCGACGAACUCUUCCACGCCGGUAUAAUCAAGCCCUUAAAGCCUGUUCCCGAUGACCCAUCUCGUUGUAACAACAAAAACAUCAAUUCUUUCACUGAAACAUUUUCACAAACACCUGGUGAUCAAGAUUAUUUCAGUCAGGCAUUUACGCAAACACUUGGUGAUCAAACCCAAAACCCGCCCAAACGAGGCCGUAAAACCAUCACCAGCGCCAGAACAACCAGAGACAAACUCUCACGAUCCUCGUCUCCGUUCAGAAUCUCCGAUAUUUUAUCCGACGAUGAGAACAACAAUAAUAAUAACAAAAAUUCUCCAAAUUGGUACAGUAAAUGGAAUCUGAAGAAUCUGAUACUGUUUCGGAGUGUGUCAGAGGGGAGUGCGAGAAGAAGCAAAGACCCAGUGAAUAAAUACUCAAGAAUAACAACGAAAUUCGAUGAAGAUGUGAAGAAUUCAAGCUUUAGAAGCGCAGAGAGUUGCAGGUCGGUGGCGGGAGUGAGUCGGAAGGUGUCGGCGCAUGAAAUGCAUUACACGGCGAACAGGGCGGUGGCGGAGGAGAUGCGGCGGAAGACUUACUUGCCGUACAAGUCAGGGUUGUUUGGUUGCUUGGGGUUCCAUAACAAUGGUGCUGCUGGUAGUGUUCAUCAGAUUUCUAAAGGGAUUACUACUGUUGUUAUGAAACAACGAUGAACAAGAUUAUGAGAAUUCAUAUUAUAAUAAUAUUCUGUAUUUUUUUGUAUUUUAAUUUCGUGUUCUAACGA